UCGUGCUGACUAACAAUGACUCGCAAAUAUUUCAGGUUCAAACAAACAGCGUGACGUGACUGCUAUACAACUGGGAUGUUUCAAGUAGGAAACUGGAGAACACAAUCCCUUCGGUGGAAUUUGACGUUUAGAAAAAUAUCUGGCUGUAAUAUUACAGGGUUAAUCAUGGCUAGCAAGAAUAGCAUAGGCGCCAUUUCAAAAAAUGAACAUGAUUCGAACAGCAGUAUCCAUUCGGACAGCAUUGCUGAGGUGCACAAGGUGCCGCUGAGAGUAAUCAUCCGACCCAUUCCGUCUGUAUUGGAUGAGAAGAAAGUAGAAAGUCUCAUGGAGACGAUACGGGAUCCCGAAACGGCACACCAAGUUCCUCCCAUCGAUGUUCUGUGGAUCAAGGGGCAGAAAGGGGGUGAUUAUUUCUACUCAUUUGGUGGCUGUCAUCGCUACACAGCCUACCAGAGGCUGCGUGUGGAGACGCUUCCUGCGAAAAUUGUCAAGUCCACUGUGUCAGAUUUACGUACUUACUUGGGAUCGUCAACCCCAGAUCUACAGUAAAACUCAAGGGAGCUGACUCUUACAAUACAGACUAAAGAGUGUGAUGACUAAGGCAUCUCAUUAGAAUAAUAUAGAUUUUUAUUUUGAUAUAUUUUCUGUUUUCAACACUACUCAUUUUCACUUUAAGCCUAAAAAUAUAUAUUUUGGGUCCAGUUUUCUGACUGACCCCAGAAUGCCCAGUAUUUCAACACCCUGUCCUGCAGUACAGAACGCCCGAGUCCUGCUGUGUAAUACCAGAUAUCAAACAAGUUUCUUUAACCAGGAGUAAUACCAGAUACAAGGUGUUUUGAAAUGAAAAGACAGUUCACUUAAAGCACAUGUUUCUUUCAAAACUGCACAUUUGAAACCUAUAAAAUAAAUAGAUAUGUGUGACAGAGAAAUUGUAUGGGACUAUUUUGUUAGGUACAAGUACUUCAAAGGCCACUAACAUAGAAUUAUCUCUUCUUUAACCCAACAUCCUGACAGCUUUUGUGGGUUUUGCUGGCAGUAGAAUUGUAACUAAUAAUAAGAAACUCCAUCAAACUUACUGGUAACCGCAAAACAGAGCCUCUUACAAUGCUGUUCGUAAUUGCAAUAGGAUCUGAACUGUGUUUUAUUGUUUGCCUUAGGUGUCUAGUCCUUCUAAAACAAAUCUUAACGUUCCCCUCCUGUAGUGUUGUCCCUUGUCCAAUUGACUGUUUAUUGAUUCUAUGGUGUCCUCUUGAUAUCCUCAGACCUAAAUAAACUUCAGUAAAUUCUGUCAAAUGAAGUGUAGUCAAUGGGAUUUUACUCAUAGAAACAGGCUUGUAACUGUGAUUGUACAUACUAUGUGGUUGUGGCUGUAUUUAUACUGUAUGGUAAGAGGAUACAUAUUUAUACUGUAUGGUAAGACACAGGACUGGAUUUAAACUGUAUGGUAAGAGGGGCUGUAGUUAUACUGUAUGAUAAGAGAGGCUGUAUUUAUACUGUGUGGUAAGACACAAGGGGCUGUAUUUCUAAACUGAGUGCUGUCCAUCACAGACAGUGAGUGCUAUUCUAACAGGUCAGUGUUUAUAAUGUAUUCUUCUAUAAAGAUCACUUCUGUUGCUUAACACCAAACUUUUAUAAGCAGGCUAAGAAAAAGACUAGACUUGUGUUAUUCACAGGGACCAGGGUUAGUCCUAGCUAGUGAAAUAAUUCCAUAAUUCUCACCUGUUGUACAUGUAGAUCUCACCUUUUGAAAAAUAAUAAUCCUGAUAUGUACAGUAAGUUAAAGCAAUGUCAUUGUAUCUGUGUCCCAUCUUCCCCUUGUCUUUUCAUAAUGUUUGCAAUAAGAGUUGUGCUGGAUUCUGAUGCUCCAAUAUUGACUUUGUAUUUUUCUCUGUCCAUACCUGGCUUGUUUUGAGCUUGUCCGGAGAAUUCUAACUGCCUGCUUGUGUGACUUUCAUGCUGUCUUAUACUAGUCAUCUUCACCUGGAGAGGGAAUAUGUCAAGUUCCUAGUAGCUGGUUGAUCGCAAAACUUUGGCAUGUCAGUUCCCAAUGAUUCCCAAUCUGUUUGUAAUGUGUCAUAGAACAGGUUAUCGCCAUCUGCUGGAAAGGAAUCCUCUCUGCAGUUUUAACAUUCCUGUCCUUACAUAUGGACCCAAUAAUGUGUGGUUUUUAUUUUUCCAAGUUUAUGUUGUCAUGGAGGAAGUCUGAAUAAAGGGGUAUUUCUGUAUAAAAAUGACCACUGGGGUGUGGAUUUGAGCUAUGUCCCAAUGGUUUCUCCC